AUGUGUAGGGAAGAUUCUCCGGGGUCUGGACAUUUUGCAAGAAUCCCCCUAUUCAUACUGUCCUUAAAGCAGUUCGACAGAUGGAAGGCAACGGCUGGAGAUCGCUCCUUGCUCGGUGAUUUGCGCUGCGCGCUGCCUCCAACACUUCUGAUCCUUACAGUCGUCUUCCUGCUGCCGCUGACCGGCUCAUCGCAGCUACUGCGCUUCUCCUGUGGCAUCCCGGGGCUUCAUGCAGAGACGCUUCUGCUGUUUGCGCUCGCGACACCCGUGCAAUGCUGUGCAGCCAAGAGGUUUCACCAAGCAGCACGGCGUGCUCUCAAGAGGCGCUCACCGAACAUGGACGUGCUCAUCUCCACGGCAACAUGCCUUGCCUAUGGCUACUCCACCUUUAUGAUGGCGUUGGCCAUCGUCUUUGCGAUUUCUGGAGAGACCCAGGAGGAGCCUCCACCACACUUCUUCGAGACACCCUGUACUUUGGUCACCGUGGUUCUCAUAGGCCGCCUCCUGGAGUCCGGGGCGAAGCAGCGCACGACCACUUCACUCGACGAGCUGGUACGCACAAGCCCACCCAAAGCUCGGCUGGUGUCAGAGGAUGUCAAAGAACCGCGGGAUGUCGCCACCGAGCUUGUUGCCCUUGAAGACCUGCUUGAAGUCUGGCCGGGCGAAGUCGUGCCCGCAGAUGGCGAACUUUCCGGCUGGACUGUCGACGGCGGCCUCGUCUCGGCUGCGUUUGACGAGUCGCUGCUGACAGGCGAGAGCCGCCCUGUGCCCAAGGCUGUCGGCGACACGCUGAUAGGUGGCAGCCGCUUGGUCACCGGCCGUGCUGUGCGCCUCCGAGCCAAGCGGGUGGGCAGCGGUACAGCUUUGCAGCAAAUCGUGUCCCUCGUCGAACGCGCUGCGGCCUCGGCGGGGGCGGCUCCAGCGCAGCGCUUAGCGGAUGCGGCUGCGCGAAGCAGGUUCAUCCCUGUAAGGUCUCCAAGUCUCAUUGAGAGAACGAUGUACUUGUUGCAGAUCCAGAGUCGUGACAAGAACAACAUCUACAUCGUCGGCCAUGCUGCUUUUGGCCAGGGGCUCAUGCAGCUGGAGCGGUACAAUUUCGAGGAUGCGGCCACUUCUCUUGAGGGCGCCUGGACCGUGUGGAAGGAUGUUUUUCUCGGAGCACCGACGAAGCCGAUGCCGGUCGAUCCGAGAAGCUCGGAGGAGGAGGAGGAGUCCGAGUCAAGCAGCGAGUCGGAGUCCGAGACCGACUCCAGCUCUGAUCACCUGCCGGAGCGUCCGCGGCGAAUUGGUGCGAACGAGGCUGCCGCGAAAGCUUUCUUCAAGGCGAGAAACUGCAACAAUGAAGGCGCGGGGGUUGGUGCCACUUUCGCUCCAGCUGGCCCCAUCAGGAAGACCUCAUCGGGCUCAGGCUCGGACAGCGGAUCCAAGCCACGGAGGCGCCGUCCUCCAAAAGGCUUUGCAGAUGAUGGCGAGCCGGCGCCGCCACCGGAGCAGGAGGACCGGAUGGGCGUGUGGCCUCCGGUUCCCACCGUCGACAUCUUCGCCGAAGCUCUGACAGAUGCUUUGAUCCUGCGCGUGACAAGGGCGACGGAAGAGGAGGCCUUGGCAUGCGCUUUGGAGGCACAGCAGCAGAUCAUGGCCACUGCAGGUCAGGAGUCUCAAUCUGAUGACGACGACGAUGAGAGCGAGGACGAGGAGCUCAGCACUGUUGCCUACACCCAGCGGGCUUACAAGCGCGAUGUGCAGAUCAUGAUGAAAGAGCCUUCGGAAGGAACGACUGCACAACCCGGAGAAUUCGCAAGCUCCAAG